CUCCCUGGAGCUCGGGCAUGAGCCAGCGGGGCCACCCAUCCAGACACCUCGCGGCACAGGAGAGCUUUCCAGAAGAAGCCUCACCCAGCCUCUGCACAGAGGUUGUCUGUACACAUCACUGCAGCUGCAGGCCCAAGAUGCCAGCUGUCCAGCUGCUGCUUCUGGCCUGCCUGGGGUGGGGCGUGGGAGCCAGGACAGCCCAACUCCGCAAGGCGAAUGACCGGAGUGGCCGCUGCCAGUACACCUUCACUGUAGCCAGCCCCAAUGAAUCCAGCUGCCCCGAGCAGGGCCAAGCCAUGUCAGCCAUCCAGGACCUACAGCGAGACAGCAGCACCCAGCGUGCAGAUCUGGAGUCCACCAAAGCCCGGCUCAGUUCCCUAGAGAGCAUCCUGCAGCGCAUGACCAUGCAGCAGACCGACGGGCCCCAGGAGACCCGAGAGAGCUUGCAGGAGGAGCUGGACGCCCUGAGGCAGGAGCGGGAUCAGCUAGAAAGCCAAAGCAGGGAGCUGGAGGCAGCCUACUCCAACCUGCUCCAGGAGAAGUCAGCGCUGGAGGAAGAGAAGCAGCGCCUGGUGCGGGAGAAUGCGGAUCUGGCCGGGAGAUGGGAGAGCAGCAGCCAGGAGGUGGCCAGGCUGAUCAGGGGCCAGUGUCCCCAGACUCGAGACACUUCGCCGGAAGUGACCCCUGGCUCCAGGGAAGCUUCCCAGUGGAAUUUGGACACAUUGGCCUUCCAGGAGCUGAAAUCAGAGUUAACGGAGGUUCCCGCUUCCCGAAUCUUGAAGGAGAGCCACCCGCCUGUCCGCUCCGAGGGUGAAGACAGAGACAGAGGAUGUGGGGAGCUAGUCUGGGUAGGUCAACCAGUCACACUGAGGACAGCGGAAACCAUCACUGGCAAGUACGGGGUGUGGAUGAGAGACCCGAAGCCCACCUUCCCCCACACCCAGGAGACCACGUGGAGAAUUGACACGGUUGGGACUGACAUCCACCAGGUUUUCGAGUAUGAGCUCAUCAGCCAGUUUGUGCAGGGCUACCCUUCAAAGGUCUACGUGCUGCCCAGGUCGCUGGAAAGCACGGGAGCCGUGGUAUAUGGGGGCAGCCUCUAUUUCCAAGGUGCCGACUCCAGAAUCGUGAUCAGGUUUGAGCUCAACACGGAGACAGUGAAGGCUGAGAAGGAAAUCCCUGCCGCCGGCUACCACGGGCAGUUUCCGUAUUCCUGGGGAGGCUACACAGACAUUGACUUGGCCGUAGAUGAGACAGGUCUCUGGGUCAUCUACAGCACUGAGGAUGCCAAAGGUGCUAUUGUCCUGUCCAAACUGAACCCAGAGAACCUGGCACUUGAACAGACCUGGGAGACCAAUAUCCGUAAGCAGUCUGUUGCCAACGCCUUCAUCAUCUGUGGCAUCUUGUACACGGUCAGCAGCUACUCGUCGGCAGAUGCCACCAUCAACUUCGCUUAUGACACCAGCACCGGGAACAGCAAGCCCUUGGCCAUCCCCUUCCAGAACCGCUACAAGUACAGCAGCAUGGUUGACUACAACCCCCUGGAGAAGAAGCUCUUUGCCUGGGACAACUUCAACAUGGUCACCUAUGACAUCAAGCUGUCGAGGAUGUGACAAGCCAUCAGCUGCUGCUAGCAGAGGCAAAGGGGGCGGGUGUCCUGGGCUCCUGGAGGGAAGGCUGAAGGAGGGCCAGCCAGCCGGCCCCUGGCUGCACAGCGACUCGCUGCUUCCCAAGCUUUCACUCAUCCACAAGGAUGCAGCAUCAGACCAUUCUGCCGUCUGAGCACUCAGAUAUCUUGUAACAGACAUCGCUUGCUUCGGUCAGCUUUCAUAAGAAUGUUUAGCCUGAAAUAGUUCACAUUUCCCAGUAAUUUGAGAUAGAAGAGGUCAAGCAUGCCAUAAAUAUCACUGUUUUGUGUGUCUCCUGGUUAUUAUAAGCUAUCA